AUGCGUCUAUCGGUUCGCGUCGAUCUGUCGAAGGAAAAAGAUGGAUUCAAGAUCGAAGCAGUUCCAACUACAGAAGCGGUGAAGAAGGCGCAUCACCGUGUAGCACAUGGAAACGUGGAGUCUGCCGUCAACGAAAUCCGGCAAAGAUUCAGCAUUCAGAACCUGCGAGCAGAGUUAAAAGCGGAUCAGGAAGUCUUGCAUGUGGUGCAAGGUGAAGAAAUGCCGAGCGAGGACACCGAGAAUGGCUCCAUUGCCGAGUCGCGCGUCACGCCGGGACUACCACCGUUCACCCAGACCGGCGUGGACUUCUGCGGCCAAGUAAUGGUUACAGUCGGUCGAAGAUCGGAGAAGCGGUACAUCUGUUUGUUUACCUGCAUGACUACGAGAGCUGUCCACCUUGAAGUCGCUCACAGCCUGACGACUCAAGCGUGCUUGAUGGCCAUUCGAAGGUUCGUGUGCCGCCGAGGAAAACCGUUGGAAUUCUACUCCGACAACGGCACGAACUUUCAAGCUGCAAGCAAGGCGAUUAACCCGCUGGAACUUCAACCCCCCAGCGCACCUCACAUGGGUGGUGCCUGGGAGCGAUUGGUCCGCUCUUUAAAGGUAGCACUGACCGUGCUGAACGACGGGAGGGCGAAAACCAACGAAGAGUUGCUGAUGGCGAUCGCGGAGGCCGAAGACCUUACCAAUUUCCGGCCGUUGACAUACGUCGGCCUGGAACCAGGAAAAGAAGAAGCGUUGACGCCAAAUCGUUUCGUUCGAGGCGUCGGUACGAUCGGUAGGGAACAUUCUGUUCAACCGACGAGCGAAGCCAGAGCACUUCGAGACCGAUACAAGCGGUCACAGUGUUUGGCGGACAAACUAUGGGCUCGGUGGGUGUCCGAGUAUUUGCCGUCGAUAAAUCAUCGGGCUAAGUGGCAUACUGACGUGCCACCAAUAGCAAGCGGUGAUAUGGUGUACAUCGCGUACGACGCAGUGCGGAAAAGCUGGAUCCGCGGCAUCGUGCUAGAUGUCUACCCGAGGGCGGACGGCCGAAUUCGACAAGCGAUGAUGCAGACGGUUAAGGGUAAGUUUAGGAGGCCGGUGACGAAGCUUGCGGUGCUGGAGGUCCAGGAUGGUAACUCCGGCGUUGCAGAAGCCCCACCAGAGCUACAGGGAGGGUAUGUUGGCACCGCUACCACCCGGCAUCGAGAAACCCUGAGUUGUGCGCACCGGCGCAUGGUGCAUCCGUUCGCUUCAAACGAUGUUGUCGAGGCGAAAUGA